AUGCAGCAGUGUGGUCUGGCCUCGGCCUUCCUCACCACCUCCCCUCCCCCUCCUCUCACCCACGCUCCUCAUCCUCAUGUCCCACAUCCUCAUCAUCUUCCUCCACCACAGUCCAUGAGCCUCUCAGGACAGACGCAGGGUCAGCGCAGGGAGAUGGGCCCCACGCUCUCAGGCUCUGGCUUUAGACGAGAUCUUUGCUUUGGAGUUUAA